CAAGCACGAACUGCGGUCAUGGGAUGUUGCGGAUGGGGUACUUAAGCAGUACCGAGCCACUCGCCCUCCAGACUGCAUUGGCAUUGCGAACAAAGCAUGAUCUUGAAUAUCCUUCUCCCCGUUGCCUGCACUCUUCUCUCUUAUGUCUUUUUUUUCGUCAUACGGAUCUUGUACCGCAACUGGACCUCGCCUCUCAAAUUCGUCGACGGCCCGUCUUGUGCAAAUCCUGUUCUUGGGCAUCUGCAGCUGAUAUCGGACAGUCCCGAGAUCACAAACGAAUGGAGAGCGCAAUAUGGGGCGACCUUUAUGGCAAAGGGCAUAUUCUUCACGAACGAGCUGCACACCAAGGACCUGAAGGCGGUGACACACAUUGUCACUCAUGCCGCGCUCUAUCAGAAGACACGUACAGCGCUGGGAAAUCAGCGGCGGAUCCUCGGGCAGGGAAUCCUUUCAGUCGAUCUGGACCCUCACAAGCGACAGCGGAGAGUUCUGGUGAGUAAUCACAUCUUCACGCACCUCGCGUAGGGCUUCAAAGUCUUGGCAUAGAACCCUGCAUUCGGGAUUCAACAGAUACGGGCAAUGAAUGAAGUCUUCGUCGAGAAAGGGAACAUGAUGCGCGACAUGUUGUCGAAACGACUCGGGGACGAGAGAGGCCCUGUGACAAUCGAUCUAUCUAGCUGGUUUCGACAAGUGACGCUAGACAUCAUCGGUCAGGCUGGGUUCGGAUAUCAGUUUCAAGCUCUUCAAACGCACGGAAAGGAAGAAGCUGAGCUUAGCACGGUCCUCCGGCAACUGUUCCAUUCUCCAAAAGCCAAUCUGUAUCGGUCAAUCCAGAUGGCCCAGAUUGUAGUACCAGCACUUAAACUGCUCCCGCUUCCCGGAUCGUAUGUCACCCUAGUCGCGCAAACAAGACUCCGUGCAAUCGGGAAGACCUUGCUAAACGAUUGCAAAGCGGAAUCGGCGGCUAUCAGCGACGCAAAACAGUUCAACCGCGGGCGAGAUCUGCUGUCACUGCUCAUCAAGGCGAAUAUGUCCAAUGAGAUUCCAGCAAGCCAGCGUCUGAGCGACGACGAGGUCAUUGCACAAAUCGCGACGUUUGUAUUCGCCGGACACGAGACCACCAGUACCGCAUUAUCAUGGGCGGCUCACGCCCUGUCUCGUAACCCUGAUAUCCAAGAGAAGCUCCGGCAGGAGCUGCUCUCGCUCCCAACAGACAAUCCAUCCAUGGACGAACUUAACUCGCUCCCAUUCCUCGAGAAUUUCGUCCGGGAGACGAUGCGGUUGUACGCUCCGGUGGCUUUCACGCAACGCAUGGCAAGCCAGGAUGAUGUACUCCCGCUCACCAAGCCGUAUGUUGAUCGCUAUGGCGUAUCGCACGAGGUUCUUCCCAUUCGCAAAGGUCAAAUAAUCACGAUCCCGAUUCUGGCCAUCAACACGGACACUGAGACUUGGGGUGAAGACGCGCUGGAGUUUCAGCCAGAACGCUGGGAUAAUCUCCCUGACGCAGCAAACUUGAUCCCAGGAAUUUGGGCUCAUCAGAUGACUUUCUUGGCGGGCCCACACAACUGCAUCGGAUUCAGAUUCACUUUAGUCGAGCAAAAAGCGAUCUUGUUCAGCCUCCUCCGUGCAUUCGAAUUUUCACCGGGAGCCGAGCGUGUCGAGCCUGUUUUGAGUGGUCCUCUCCAGCGCCCAGUUUCUUUUGUGCCUGGGAAAUCCGGUUUCGUAUCAACCGGGACUUUGGCCAUCAAGAUCAGCGCGUACAAAGCUGAAUCAUGAGCGAGAAGUGGUCACGUUAAAACAACUGUGUAGUGUUCAGUAGUGUUGUUCAGUAGUGUGAUAAUGGUACGUGGUAGAUAUAUCGCCAGCGCUUCGCCGCGC